AUGGUCGAGCUGUUUCGCCAAGCGCAGAGCAUUCGUCAUUUCGCAUCAGGCGGCCGGCGGCGGUACCAGGCUCCAGCUAAAGCCCGCCAGUCGUGCUGCUGUGUUCGCUGUAAGCCUGGGGAUCGUGUGAAGAAGGGGUGCCUAAGAAGCGGGACUCCCAAUCGUCAGCUUUGCCAUAAGCGCAUGAGCAGAACAUUCAUUUAG